CAGCUCCUGGGGCCGGGCCGUGAUUGGAGGGAAACCCCGUGGACGAGCCCGACACUGCCCGAGAGAAUCAGCUGGGAGUCCGCGGUUAGCCUAGCUAGCUCCGAACGACAACCUCCGCUACCCCCGUCUACUCACUCAGCUCUGAGCAGCCAUGGACAAGAGUGAACUGGUGCAGAAAGCCAAGCUGGCCGAACAGGCAGAGCGCUACGAUGACAUGGCCGCUGCCAUGAAGGCCGUCACGGAGGGUGAUGUGGAGUUGUCCAAUGAGGAGCGUAACCUGCUCUCAGUGGCCUACAAGAAUGUGGUGGGUGCCCGCCGGUCCUCCUGGAGGGUGGUGUCCAGCAUCGAGCAGAAGACUGAGGGCAGCGACAAGAAGCAGCAGAUGGCCAAGGAGUACCGGGAAAAGAUCGAGAAAGAGCUGAAGGAGAUCUGCAAUGAUGUACUGGUUCUUCUGGACAAGUACCUGAUCCCAAAGGCCACUCCAGCCGAAAGCAAAGUCUUCUACCUGAAAAUGAAAGGAGAUUACUUCCGAUACUUAGCCGAAGUAGCCCUUGGAGACGACAAAAUCGCCAUUAUCCAGAACUCUCAAGAUGCCUACAAAGAUGCCUUUGAGAUCAGCAAGGCUGAGAUGCAGCCAACACACCCCAUCCGCCUCGGCUUGGCCCUCAACUUCUCCGUCUUCUACUACGAGAUCCUGAAUUCGCCCGAGCAGGCCUGCAAGCUAGCCAAAACGGCUUUUGAUGAGGCCAUUGCAGAACUCGAUACACUGAAUGAAGAAUCAUACAAAGACAGCACAUUGAUCAUGCAGCUCUUACGGGACAACUUGACACUGUGGACUUCAGACAACCAGGGAGAAGGAGAGGAAGCCGAGGAGGGCCGAGAAAACUGAGCUCCUCUCCCCCAUCUUCAUCCGUCCUUCCCCUGACGUCCGCCUUGCAUCGUCCCAGCUCACCAUCAACACAGAGACCACCUCAUCGUCCAGCUUCUGUCUCCUUUAUUUCUUAUUCUUCCUUCCUUCCUUUUUUUCCUUCUUCCUUUCUUUGUCAUUGUGGGUUUUUUUUCCUUUCCCAGGGACCUGUCUGUUGGAAGAUGGGGGGUGAGGGAGGAGGGUUAAAGAAGAGUGGGUUCUGUCGGAGGGGGGUGUGGUGGGGAGGGUGGGGGUUGGGGGUUUGGGUUUUGGGGUGGGAUCCAGUGGGAGGAGUUUGAGGCUUGUCUGCUGUUGACCAUGUUUUAUCUGCAGGAAAGCUCUAGGUUGUCUCAUUAGUGUGGCAAGUAUGCAGGUGAGGGCAAGUACGCGACUCCAAGCUACAAGUUCCGUCGAGUUCGAGUUUUUAAACAUUGGUUGUAUAAUCUGUAUGUAUAUUCUGUACUGUCCGUUGGUCGAGGAGUUUAAGCAUUUGCCGUAGUCGUUUUUAAGCACAUCUGCGAUUUGUAGUCGACGUUCUAAAUCGGCCCUCGUCUUCGAGAAGAGGAGGAGGGUUUAGCGGUGGUCUGUAGCUAGUAAAGAGACAACAGCUGCUUCACACAUCAGUUCAGUGGCCUGCUAGCAAGCACAUACUGUAACACAGUAGCGCUGGGCGAAGAAAAGGACACAUUCCAUUUACUGUCAUUAGUUUUUGGGUUUUUUUCUUUUCUUUUCUUAUUUUUCUCCAUAAUGUGGGUGACCUACAAAAUGAUUUUUUUUCCCUUAAUAUUCUUCAUCAUUUACGAGGUAUAGAGGACCCUGAAGAUUAAAGGGCACACAAGUUUCAUACUGUUACCAUGACUGCACAAAGCAGUACGACAGCAACUCCAUAUGUGCGGAUUCGGUUCCUUUUUUUUUUGUUUUUUUUUUUUUCAUCAAACUCUUAAUAAACUUUAUUUUAUUUUUUGGUUUAUAAUAUUUUGAUACUUACCUAAAUUGCAUGUGGCUAUAAAGUAGUUAAGGGGGAGGGGGGUGUUACUGUUGGGCUGGCUAGCUUUGUUUCAUGUCUUUGGAAUUUUCAUACAAAACACCAAGCAUAAAUGUUAUUUGGAGGGAAAUAUGUAAUUUCAUCUAAGUGGAAUAAUAAAAAAGUAAUAAUUUAACAUUUUAA